GGCUACUAUGUUCUGUGUAUGUUUGGUGGGACGUUGUUGGAAUAUUCUCCUAACCCUCAAACUGGACAGAGGAGUGUCCUUGCAAUGUUCCAAUGAAACAUGUCUGGAACAUUAAAUAUUGGCUAUUCUGAGAACAUGACUACCACGUUGUGGAUAAGUUCUGUUUGACAUUUAGGGAAUGUUCUCCUAACUAACGCCAAAACAUGCUAAAUACUGUAUGUUCUCAGGAGGUUUUUGCUAACAUACAUAGAAUGUUCCCUAAUUUACGGAAAACUGGACACUCAAACAUCUGGGGAAUAUUACGGGUAACAUUACAAAUUGUUCUCUCUCCCUAGAACUGUUAGCUAGGAAACAAUGUUAUCAAAAUACUUGAUAGGUGCCCCUUGGUGCAUUUGACAGAUGACAUCAAAGAGAACACAGAAGCCCAGUCUCCAACAGCUGCCCACCUUUUUAAAAUAGCUGGAGGUUUGAUUAGGGUUCAGUUUAUUUUUUUAUUUUAGGAACAAGAUGGAUCCUGAUUUAAGCUAGGUGAGUUAGAGCAAUGGAGAGACUUUGUGAAGAGGGGUUAGAGAGGGAGAGUAAAUAUUACUGGUAGAUAGGAUAGUAAAUAUUCAUUCCUCUUUCAACUUGAAGACAGAGAACAGAAAAUUCCUCUGACUUCCUGUUUCGAUCUAAUUUGGACCGGUACACCAAGACCCUUCUCUAGCCCUUUUACUAAGCACUCUUGUCCCCCCUAUUCUUGAGUAAGCAGUGGUAUAUCUGAGGUGCUUAUGCACAAAGACCAUACAUAAUACAAUGACAUCAGGAACAUACCAUGAUAUUACAGGGGUUUAGUCCAGAGAGAGGGGAACCGAAUGAGGAAAUGCAAACAACCCAUUGGGUUGGGAAAGCAAAUGGAGAGAAAGACAGAGAGUGGGAGGGUGGGGGGAGAGAGAGAGAGAGAGAGAGAGAGAGAGAGAGAGAGAGAGAGAGAGAGAGAGAGAGAUGAGGGCAGCUGGAUUAAGGAGUUUUGUUGUUGAAAAAGCUAAAGAGAAUAUGAGGGGAAGAGAGAAGGAAUUUAAGAGCGUGAGGGGGGGACAUUCUCUAGUUUUCCAGCUUUUCUUUUGCCUCCUUAUAUGGUCAAACGACGACUGUGGAAUCAGUGGGCAGAAGGGAGUGGGUCGGAACUCAGAGAGAAAGAGAGAGGGAAAGAAUGAGAGGGGAAAGGGGUGAGAAGUGUAGAGGAGAGGGGUGUGCAUUGUCGUGUGCUUGGGACACUGGGGACUUCCACCAGCGGCAGCCGGACACACACCACUGGUCAGCAGAGCGAGACAGGUCAGGCAAAGAGAGGCAUAACCAGGAGGCUUAUCAGGGGCUGAACUGCUAACAGCUGCAGAGCGUUAGCGGGGUGGGAUUCCCGGUGCCAAGAUGACGGAGCGCUAUGACUGCCACUACUGUAAGGAAUCCCUGUUUGGUAAGAAGUACGUCCUGAGAGAGGAGAACCCAUACUGUGUCAAAUGUUACGAGAGCCUGUACUCCAAUACCUGUGAGGACUGCAAGAAACCCAUCGGCUGCAACACCAGGGACCUGUCCUACAAGGACCGCCACUGGCAUGAGGAGUGUUUCCAGUGCUUCCAGUGUAAACGCGCUCUGGUGGACAAGCCCUUCUCCACCAAGGAUGACCAGCUGCUCUGCACUGAGUGCUACUCCAACGAGUACUCCUCCAAGUGCCACGAGUGCAAGAAGACCAUCAUGCCUGGCUCCAGGAAGAUGGAGCAUAAGGGUAACAGCUGGCAUGAGACCUGCUUCACCUGCCAGCGUUGCCAGCAGCCCAUCGGCACCAAGAGCUUCAUCCCCAAAGAGAACCAUAACUUCUGUGUGCCCUGCUACGAGAAGCAGUUUGCCAUGCAGUGUGUGCAUUGCAAGAAACCCAUCACUACUGGUGGGGUGACCUAUCGCGACCAGCCCUGGCAUAAGGACUGCUUCCUGUGCACCGGCUGCAAGCAGCAGCUAUCUGGCCAGCGGUUCACCUCCCGUGACGACUUUGCCUACUGCCUCAACUGUUUCUGCAACCUGUAUGCCAAGAAGUGUGCCUCCUGCACCACCCCCAUCAGCGGUCUGGGUGGCAGUAAGUACAUCUCCUUUGAAGAGCGCCAGUGGCACAACGACUGCUUCAACUGUAGGAAGUGCUCCGUCUCCCUGGUGGGCCGGGGUUUCCUCACUGAGCGUGACGACAUCCUGUGCCCUGAGUGCGGCAAAGACAUCUGAUUGGCAGGCAGUGUGUGGCCGACAAAUCUGAUUGGAUAGCAAUGAAACAACCAGGAAGAAUGUUUUAAA